AUGUCCGACUUGGAAACAGUUGCUAAAUUUCUCGCUGAAUCAGUUGUUGCUUCUACGGCUAAAGCUUCUGAAAGAAAUUUAAAGCAGUUGGAGACGCAAGAUGGAUUCGGUUUGACUUUAUUGCAUGUUAUUGCUUCUACAAAUCUGCCGUUAUCUACUAGAUUGGCAGGUGCUUUGUUCUUCAAAAACUUUAUUAAGCGGAAAUGGGUAGAUGAAAAUGGCAAUCAUUUACUACCGGCUAACAAUGUAGAACUGAUCAAAAAAGAAAUAGUUCCCUUAAUGAUAAGUUUGCCAAACAAUUUGCAGGUCCAAAUCGGAGAAGCAAUCUCUGGUAUUGCAGAAUCUGAUUUUCCUGACAGGUGGCCCACGCUUUUGAAUGAUUUAGCUUCCAGAUUAAGUAACGAUGAUAUGGUAACAAAUAAAGGUGUUCUUACAGUGGCACAUUCUAUUUUUAGGAGAUGGAGACCUUUAUUUAGAUCUGAUGAACUUUUCUUGGAGAUUAAAUUAGUUCUUGAUGUGUUUACCUCUCCUUUUUUGAAUCUAUUGAAAACGGUUGAUGAACAAAUAACAGUAAAUGAAAAUAAUAAAGCGAUGCUAGAUAUUUUGUUUGAUGUGUUGUUAGUAUUAAUUAAAUUAUACUACGAUUUUAAUUGCCAAGAUAUACCUGAAUUUUUUGAGGAUAACAUUCAAGUCGGUAUGGGUAUAUUUCAUAAGUAUUUAUCAUAUUCAAAUCCUUUAUUGGAGGACCUCGAUGAAACUGAACAUGCGUCUGUUCUUAUAAAAGUAAAGUCCUCGAUCCAAGAACUCGUUCAAUUAUACACAACAAGGUAUGAAGAUGUCUUUGGACCCAUGAUCAAUGAGUUUAUUCAAAUUACUUGGAAUCUUUUGACUUCACUUUCAAAUCAGCCAAAAUAUGAUAUUUUAGUAUCCAAAUCUUUGUCAUUUUUGACCGCGGUAACACGUAUCCCGAAGUAUUUUGAGAUUUUCAACAAUGAAGCAGCCAUGAAUAAUAUCACAGAACAAAUAAUUUUGCCGAAUGUUACGUUACGUGAGGAGGAUGUUGAGCUUUUUGAAGAUGAUCCAAUUGAAUAUAUCCGUAGAGAUUUAGAAGGUUCAGAUACGGACACUAGAAGAAGGGCGUGUACUGAUUUUUUGAAGGAGUUGAAGGAAAAAAAUGAAGCGUUAGUGACAAACAUAUUUUUGGCCCAUAUGAAGGAGUUUGUUAACCAAUAUAUGAGUGACCCAUCCAAGAAUUGGAAAUUUAAGGAUCUAUAUAUUUAUCUAUUCACUGCACUAGCAAUUAAUGGAAAUAUUACCAAUGCUGGUGUUUCAUCCACUAAUAUUUUAUUGGAUGUUGUAGAUUUUUUCACAAAGGAAAUUGCUCCAGACCUUACUUCAAGCAAUAUUCCCCACAUCAUUUUGAGAGUGGAUGCUAUCAAAUAUAUCUACACUUUUAGAAAUCAAUUGACCAAAGCCCAAUUGAUUGAACUAAUGCCUAUUUUGGCCACAUUUUUACAAACAGAUGAAUAUGUUGUUUAUACCUAUGCUGCUAUUACUAUCGAGAAGAUUUUAACUAUUAGAGAGUCGAAUACAUCACCUGCUUUCAUCUUUCAUAAGGAAGAUAUUUCAAAUAGUACUGAAGUUCUUUUGAAAAAUCUCAUUGCAUUAAUCCUAAAGCAUGGGAACUCACCUGAAAAACUAGCUGAAAACGAAUUUUUAAUGAGAUCCAUUUUUAGGGUCUUGCAGACGUCUGAAGAUUCCGUUCAACUCUUAUUCCCUGAAUUAUUGGCCCAAUUUAUUGAAAUUGUAACGAUAAUGGCGAAGAAUCCAUCAAAUCCAAGAUUCACCCAUUACACUUUUGAGUCCAUUGGUGCCAUUUUGAAUUACACGCAAAGACAAAACUUAUCAUUAUUUGCAGAAUCUAUGAUGCCAACAUUUUUAACUAUUCUUUCUGAAGAUAUUCAAGAGUUCAUUCCAUAUAUCUUCCAAAUUAUAGCAUUUGUUGUUGAGCAGUCCGUAACGAUUCCGGAAAGCAUCAAGCAGUUGGCACAACCUUUAUUAGCACCAAAUGUGUGGGAGUUGAAAGGUAAUAUCCCUGCUGUGACAAGGUUAUUAAAAAGUUUUAUAAAGGCAGAAUCCUCAAUUUUCCCUGAUCUAGUCCCUGUUUUAGGUAUCUUCCAAAGAUUGAUCGCUUCGAAGGCUUAUGAAGUUCACGGAUUUGAUUUAUUAGAGUAUAUCAUGCUUUUAAUCGAUAUUAACCGUUUAAGACCAUAUAUAAAACAAAUUGCGGUUUUAUUACUACAGAGAUUACAAAAUUCUAAAACAGAAAGAUAUGUCAAAAAAUUAGUCGUUUUUUUUGGGUUAAUCUCGAAUAAGUUAGGCUCUAAUUUUUUGAUUCAAUUUAUUGACGAAGUUCAAGAUGGAUUGUUCCAACAAAUUUGGAGUAAUUUCAUUAUUACCACAUUACCUACUAUUGGUAAUCUAUUAGAUCGUAAAAUUGCAUUGGUCGGUGUCUUAAAUAUGGUUAUAAAUGGACAAAUCUUCCAAAACAAAUAUCCCACUUUGAUUUCAAGUACUAUGAAUUCCAUAAUAGAGACUGUAUCAUCACAGAGUAUUGCAAACUUGAAGAACGAUUUUGUGGAUUUAGACAACCUGGAGGAAAUUUCCACAUUCGGUUCCCAUUUCAGUAAGCUAGUUAGUAUUAGCGAAAAACCAUUUGAUCCCUUGCCAGAAAUCGAUGUUACCAAUGGCGUUAAAUUAUAUGUUGUUGAAGCACUAAACAAAUACAAUAAUAUGUCUGGGAAUACAUUUUUAAAUACCCUUUUACCUCAAUUGACUCAGGAAAACCAGAUAAAAUUGAACCAACUAUUAAUUGGUAACUAA